AUGGCCAUUCCCAUAACCUCAUUGUCCUCUUCCGCCUCCAGCCGCCACCACACUCACCAGGCCUACCUGCUCACCAACUACCUCCUCAUGGGCGCCGCCUCAAGCUGCAUCUUCCUCACCCUCUCCCUGCGCCUCCUCCCCUCCCCCUGCGGCCUCCUCCUCAUCUCCCUCCACUCCCUCACAGCCAUCGCCGCCGCCUCCGCUGCUGCUUCCCCUGUGGCUUCCUCCGACCGCUCACAUGCAGCCCACACCGCUGCCGCCGCACUCACAGCCAUCUUUCAUGGCGCCACCGCCCUCCUCGCCUUCACCCGCUCACCUGAUUUCAUUGCCGAGAUCCGCUCGUACGUCAGGGAAGACGACGCCAUUGUCAUCCUCAAGCUGGUUGGCGGUCUCUGCGGAGCCAUAUUUUGCUUGGAGUGGGUGGCUAUGGCCCUCGCCUUUGCGUUGAGGUUUGAUGAUGGCGAAGACAGGGAUUGCAGCACGGAAAAGCGAGUCGGCUGUUUGAAGCUUUUAAUGGCAGUGGCCUCUGUUUUUGUUUGA